CAGGAGGGCAAAGUGCCACUGCCUGUUUGGAUGCAGAAUGCAGACGAUUAAGUGUGUGGUGGUGGGAGACGGUGCGGUAGGCAAGACAUGCCUUCUUAUUUCUUAUACGACAAAUGCCUUUCCAGAGGAGUACAUUCCCACAGUGUUUAACAACUACAGUGCUCAGAUGAGUGUAGAUGGGCGCACUGUCAGCCUCAACCUCUGGGACACGGCAGGGCAGGAGGAGUAUGACCGUCUGCGCACGCUUUCUUACCCACAAACUAAUGUUUUCAUCAUUUGCUUUUCCAUCGGAAGCCCUUCAUCAUUAGCUAAUGUUCGCCACAAGUGGCACCCGGAGGUGUCUCACCACUGUCCCAACGUGCCAAUUCUUCUAGUUGGCACCAAGAAGGAUCUGCGUUCAGAUACAGAGACAAUUAAGAAGUUGAAGGAGCAAGGGCUUGCACCCUCUACUCAACAGCAGGGUGGCACCCUGUGCAAGCAGAUCAAUGCUGUGAGGUAUCUGGAGUGCUCGGCGCUCCGCCAGGAAGGCGUGCGGGAUGUGUUUGUAGAUGCUGUUCGUGCUGUGCUCUAUCCCAUGACCAAAAAGAAUACCAAGAAGUGUGUUCUCUUAUAGUCGGCUGUACAUCGGGAACUGCUGGAGGAGUAUAAUUUUAUUAACAAGCUGACCCUUUUAUUUGUGUAAUUUUUUUUUCUGUGUCUCACUGACUUUCUCCUGCUAACAUAAGUACCUUUCGUUUUUGUAUUACUUGUAGAUCAGUCUGCCAAAGUUAUUCGCCUAUUUUUUUAUGAUAAUAGAAAACAGAUUAUUUACGGAUGCUCAAUGAAAGAUAUUUUUAUAUACAGAUUAGCGGUGACCAUGUCCAUGAUUAGCAAGUAUGUAGAGUGGGAUUUUUGCUUGAUAAUGACCUUGACUGUGCAUUCUGAUUAAUGUGCAAUUUAAUGAAGACUGACUGAGACAGACACUUUAGGUUUCCCUUUCAAUUCUUUGAUAAGCCCCUUAAAGUCUUUUUUGUAGCUGUUAUAUAUAAAAGCAAUAUUUCAACCAGUUGUAAAAGGAUAUGUUUUUCUCCAAAAUCAGGUUUAUCAAAAGAAAAAGUUUAGAGAUACAACACCUUUUAAGGAGCAUUCUGAUAUCUGUUAUUCACAAUCGCCAGCUGUUAAAAACUUAUUUCCAUAAUGCAAAAACGAAACCAUGAUUUUUAUUUAUUGAUAAUUAUUUUUAGUGUCAUGCUGUACAGUUUUUUUUUUCAGAUAUAUUUUUAUUUUACAAAAAAAAAAAAAAACAUCCUAAUAGUCUCACAUAUUUUUGGGAUGAACAAUAACUCCAAUAUCUAGUGAGAUUUGCCUGUCCCUUUAAGAAUUGUGUCUUAUGUGCUUUUUUAAAGCAAGUAAUAUAUUACUAUUUUUAUUAGAUUUGAGCAGCAUCCCAUUUUCUUGUUAGAUUUUUUUUCUUAUGAAGCAAUUAUUUACUCAAAGCUUACUGAAGUUAAACUUUUAGUUAGAACUAAGUCUUAUCUGCCAUGCCCUCAGCCUGAUUCCUAGGAUUCACCCUGUAUUUUAAAGCAGCACAAGAGUUGUUUGUCAGUUGUUUUUAUUAGAUCCGUCAUUCCUAUGACCAAGUGAAUGUCUCACACCGGCUGCACUGUGUGAUACAUGAACAGUGAUUUGUCUGUCAAACCCAAAGAAGACUGAGCUGCAGGCAUGCGUGGCUUCUGUCGUUUUUAACUCGCUGGGUCCAAAGUUCAAACCUGCACUAAGAUGAGUGCUAUUUGCUUCUGUUUGCUUUGGAGAAAGAAGUACUCCAAACUACAGGAUAUAUAUACCGGCCGCUUUAUUAGAUACAGUAUACUAGAUGGACCCCUUUUGCCUUCAGAACUGCCUUUAUAUUUCUAGGCAUAGAUUCAACAAGGUACUGGAAAUAUGCGAUGCCAAUCUUCUUUUCCACAGCAUCUCAAAGGUGCUCUAUUGGAUUGAGAUCUGGUGACAAUGGAGGCCAUUUGAAUAUAGUCAACUCAUUGUCAUGUUCAAAAAACCGGUCUGAAAUUAGUUGCGCUUUGACAUGGCAUGUUGUCCUGCGGGAAGUAGCUACCUGGUCUGAUCUUGUGCUGCUGUAGCCCAUCCACUUCAAAGUUUGAUGUGUUGUACGUUCAGAAAUGCUUUUCUGCAUACCUCGAUUGUACCAAGUUUCUAUUUAAGGUACUGUUGCUUUCUAUCAGCUCACCGAUCUGGUCAUUCUCCUCUGACCCCUGGAAUCAACAUCUCUGUAAACCCUAGAGAUGGUUGUUUGUGAAAAUCCCAGUAGAUCAGCAAGUUCUGAAAUACUCAGACCAGCCCUUCUGGCAAAAACAACCAUGUUCAAACGUUCAAAGUCACCUAUAACACCGUUCUUCUUCAUUCCGAUGCUCAGUUUGAAAUGCAGCAGAUCUUAUUGACCAUGUCUACAUGCUUAAAUGCAUUGAGUUGCUGCCAUGUGGCUGGCUGAUUAGAAAUUUGCGUUAAUGAGCAGUUGGACAGGUGUACCAAAUAAAGUGGCCGGAGAGUGUGUACUGUAUAUGAAUAGAAAUGUGUCAUUUCGAUAUAUUUGUUUGGAUAGGGAGGGAUUUUAUUUUUACUAUAAACCAAGGGUUAUUUUAUUCUGCUUUACAUGAUGAAUAUGAGGGUAUAAGUUGUCUGUCAUGUUACCUGACAACACUGGCCACUGUUUUUUAGUAUCAGAGUUUUCAAAAUAUGGGAUACCUCCCCAUGUUGCUAACAUCAUGCCGUAAGUGACUACAUUGAUCGUGGUCAAAGUAAUUGUUGUAGGCAGUUGAUGAACUGCAGCUAUGUAUGGGGUUAUAAUGUGUUAUUUAACUCCAUGGAACAAGAGCUUUUUGUGCUUUCAUAACUGGAAGUUGCCGUUGUGCUAAACUGACAUCAAUGAAUCACCGUGUAGUGUGAAAACCGAGGCUGUGGAAACCUGUGAUUUUAUAACUGAUUGUCAUUUAUGUUUUUUUAUAUUGCCUUGCAUUUGAAAACCUUUAGCUUUUUAAAAUUGUCUGCCAAAGUGCCUUUGGAUACAGAGAUUUUCUGUGCAGGUUCAUGUUUGAAUCACACCUUUUAUGAUUUACAGUGAUGUUUGUUUCUGAUGACGUAAUUCCUGUUUUGAUUUGAAUAACGUGUUGCUGAACCGGAUGUGUUGUUUGCUGAGAUGAAAAAGAAAUGGAAGGGAAAUGCUCUUGGUGAUGAAGUGCACUAAUGUGGAUAUCAUGAUUGGAUAUCACGAAUGUGGGUAUCAUGAUUGACUGUGUGCAGUGAAUAAUGGGUGAACUAUUUAAUAUAGUCAAUAUACUGUUUUAUAGUUUCUGUUUCAUCUUUUUAACCUUGCAUACUUUCAUUAACAGACAGUUGGCUUCACUAAUCAUAUUGGGAUGUGGUGCUUCAUUUACACUGUGCUAAAUUCAUGCACUGGGAUCUCAAUUUGAUCAAAAUUGCCAUUUUUAUUACAAAAAAAUAGUUUGAACUCACCUUGAAAUAAUUUCAAACUAAUGCCAAAUAAAAGUUUAUGUAUCAAAUUUAA